AGCAGGUAUUUUCACGAGUCAAGGCUGUCUCAACCUUCUCUAUCUCCUUCUUCGAAAAUUUCUUCUUCUAUUCUUCCGAGCUCAGCUUCUCGAUCUCCUUCCCCGUCGGCACUGGUUCUUCUGCAAAUCGGAUACAAGCCUUCAAGAUAAAGUGAUUCCAUCGGGCGCUCCCUUGUUCAACACUCCAGCUCUGUCACAGAUUCCGAGGUCGUCGAUUACUACAGCCGGCGAUAGGUUAUUUUAACAAGUAUCCAUCAUCCCAGGAAUUGCCCCGCGCCCACACCCAUCUUUUCUGCUCCAAAUAGCCCCCGUUCGCCCUCUUUGCUCUUGUGAGUAUAUUUCCCCCCGUGUCCAGUUUUUGGUGUAGCUCUGAAGAUGUUGCAGAGCAAAUCAUUCGUGCGGAAAACGAAGCAGGGGAAAGUAAUCAAGGUUGUAAGAGAGCACUAUCUCCGUGAUGAUAUCUAUUGUGGAGCCACUUUUUGUAGCUCAUGCGAUGUUUCUUCAGCUCGAUUGAGUUCUGCCGCAUCCCAUAUCCUCGUUGUUGACACUAAUGUUGUUCUACAUCAGAUUGAUUUGCUGGAGAAUCCAGCCAUCGAUAAUGUGGUGGUGCUAUCGGUGGUCUUGGAGGAGGUGAAGAACAAGAAUAUUUCUGUUUAUAACAGACUCAGAGCUCUAUGUAGCAAUUCCCUCAGGAAGUUCUUUGUUUUUUCCAAUGAAUACCACAAGGAUACAUAUGUGAGGGCCAUGCCUGGUGAAAGUCCAAAUGAUCGUAAUGACAGAGCCAUAAGGGUUGCAAGUCAAUGGUAUCAGAAUCAUCUUGGAGCUACAUUACAAGUAUUGCUUAUCACUAAUGAUCGGGAAAAUAAGAGAAAGGCUUCUGAAGAAGGAAUUGCCGCAGAAACUGUGGAAUCAUAUGUUAGAUCACUUGGUCGCCUAGAAUUGCUUGAUUUGAUAGUUCAGCCUCGUGAAGAAGAUAUUAAUAUGGAUGAUGUCGAGGACCCCAGGCCUUCAAAGAAGAAGGUCAUCUACAAUGAGCAUAAACGCAUGUCAGAAAUUACUUCUGGAUUGGAGCGUGGGCUGUAUUAUCAAGGAAAACUUCGCGUUAACCGCUAUAACCCAUUUGAAGCUUAUGUUGGUAGUGAAAGUAUUGGUGAUGAGAUAAUUGUUUAUGGGCGUGCAAAUAUGAAUAGGGCUUUUGACGGUGAUGUGGUGGUAGUUGAAAUAUUGCCUCGCGAACAAUGGCAAGAGGAGAAGUCUCUUGCAAUAGCCGAUGAUGUAGAUGAUGAAGAAGAAGACAUACAUCUAGUUCCCAACAGUGCUGAUGAUGCUCCGAGGGUCUCAGAUCUAGGGAAGAAUUCAGCUAGUGAAGUGGAUGACGUGGCUUCACGUCCAUCUGGACGUGUUGUUGGUAUUAUAAAGCGGAACUGGCAUUCCUAUUGUGGAUCUUUGGAGCCCAUGCCUCUUCCUGCUGGUUCCGCUGGAGUUGCUCAUGCGUUAUUUAUCUCCAAAGAUCGCCGAAUACCCAAGAUACGAAUACAGACUCGACAGCUGGGAAAUCUGCUGGACAAGCGGAUCAUUGUUGCUGUUGAUUCAUGGGAUGUUUUAUCUAGAUAUCCUUCUGGUCAUUAUGUUAGAACAAUAGGAGAAAUAGGUGACAGAGACACAGAAACUGAGGUGGUUUUAAUUGAGAAUGAUAUUGACGCUAGACCAUUUUCUGCUCAAGUUUUAGCAUGCUUGCCACCAUUACCUUGGUCUGUGUCCUCUGAAGAUUUAGCUAACCCUAUAAGGCAGGAUUUACGUCACCUGCGUGUCUUUAGUGUGGAUCCUCCCGGAUGCAAGGAUAUUGAUGAUGCAUUGCACUGCACUCCUCUUCCGAGUGGGAAUUUUGAAGUUGGAGUUCAUAUUGCUGAUGUCACCAACUUCGUUCAUCCUGGGACCCCCCUUGAUCAGGAAGCCUCACAAAGGGGGACUUCUGUCUACCUUGUGGAGCGCCGCAUUGACAUGCUUCCGAAACCUCUAACAGAAGAUGUUUGUUCACUCCGGGCUGAUGUUGAAAGACUCGCUUUUUCAGUAAUUUGGGAAAUGACGCCUGAGGCUGAGAUUAUUUCAACACGAUACACGAAAAGUGUCAUCAAAUCAUGUGCUUCAUUAUCUUAUGUUGAGGCUCAAGCAAGGAUGGAUGACAGUCGCUUGGUCGAUCCAGUAACAACAGAUUUGCGUAAUAUGAAUGCAUUAUCAAAGAUAAUGAGGCAAAGACGUAUUGAGAGGGGUGCUCUGACGCUUGCAUCUGCUGAAGUUAAAUUUCAAAUUGAUACUGAAACUCAUGAUCCUCUUGAUAUCGGAAUGUAUCAAAUUCGCGAAGCUAAUCAAAUGGUUGAAGAGUUCAUGCUUGCUGCCAAUAUUUCAGUUGCUGAAAAGAUCCUAAACCAUUAUCCAACCUGCUCACUAUUAAGACGUCAUCCCAUCCCAACUAAGGAGAUGCUUGAACCCCUGAUCCGAACAGCUGCAUCUGUUGGCAUUGAAUUGGAUACGACUUCAUCAAAAGCACUUGCUGAUUCUCUUGAUCGUGCUGUGGGUACCGAUCCAUACCUCAAUAAGCUUAUUCGGAUAUUAGCAACCAGAUGCAUGACACAGGCAGUUUACUUUUGCAGUGGAGAUCUUAGUCCACCUGAAUUUUGUCAUUACGGUCUUGCAACCCCACUUUAUACACAUUUCACCUCUCCGAUAAGAAGAUACGCAGAUGUCAUUGUCCACAGAUUGCUUGCAGCGUCCAUGGGCAUUUGCAAACUUCCUGAGGUUUUUUACUCCAAAGGCGAGCUUACUAAUGUUGCUGAAAAUCUGAACUAUCGGCACAGGAACGCACAGAUGGCCAGCAGGGCAUCAGUCGAGCUCCAUACUGUUAUUUUCUUCCGAAAGAACCCCACAGACACAGAAGCUAGAAUUCUGAAAAUAAGAAACAAUGGAUUCAUCGUUUUUGUGCCCAAGUAUGGGAUUGAAGGACCAGUGCACUUGACUUCACGAGGUGACAAGUCAGGGGAAUGGUUGGCUGAUGAGAAUGAACAGAGGAUCAAGAAGUCAGAUGGCACCGCUUCUUAUGGCAUCCUCCAAACUGUGAGGGUACACUUGGAGGUAGUAGAACCUCAGCCGAACCGUCCUGUCCUCCAACUGACUCUGAUCUAAAAAGAAAGAUGGUUGGGUGGAUAGGAACAGAAAAGCUCAAAGAGCUUGUUCGUGUUGAUUCACGGUUUGUUGGACUUUGCUUUUUCCUUCUUAUAGGGUCUUCACUUGAUGUUGAAAGGAAUUGCUUUGCGGUGAAAGCUAUUGUUGUAUUUAGUGAGUACAACAGCGUGGUGGGUGAUAGGAAACACAAGAAAGUAGCAUGUCUUUUUUUUUUUUGGGUUUUAAAAUGUUGAAUGGCAUUAUUAUUUAUUGGUCAUUUUUUUUUUGACUAAUUUAUUGGUCAUUUUAGCUGACUUCGUUU